AUGGAUCACUCCCGCGUUUUGAGGAUCACAAAUGUUGUGCUUUUACUCACGGCUUAUCAGAUGCAUUGGUUUGAGAAGAAAUCGCAGAGGUUCCGAUUGUCACUGCCCGGAGUGGUCAAUAUUUUAGUGAUCGGUGUCAUCUAUGCCGGAUGCUUUUCCCAACAUUUUAAUUCCACGUCGUCUCUUCUAAAAGUUCUGAAUGAUGUGUCACCGUUCCUAUUCGUAUUGACCAGGACGCAACUUUUCUUGGGAGCCAAAGUAUUUGCGUAUUCCGUCUAUUCUUCGGUGAAAUCUGUGGGUGCUGUUAAUUCCCUGGUAGAAUCACUACCAACCAGAAACUCUGGAUUAAAGAAAGAUGAGGUCAUAGCCUACGCCCUACUGGGUUCCACCUUUGGAACUCUCUUCUGUUUUGUACUCUACAUAUCGUAUGAAAUGAAAUUCGAGCUGCCUCCGUUGCAGGAUGCCAUGAUCGGAUUGGCUCUAUUUCUUCCUCAUCUGAUUUUAUCAGGAUCACUGAGAUUAUACAUAAUAUUGGCCUGGUUAACUCGUGGACAAUUGAAGCAAUUUAAAAACAUUGCAGAGGUGGAGUUAAGUGAUAAUUUGAUAAAAGACGAAGCGAAUGUUGCUUCCACUUCUUUUACUAUUUCUACGAAAAGUUCCAGCGUGGAAAAUUUAGAAAAUCUGAAGAGAAAGCUGGAGGUUCUGGGAGCCAAUUUCAGAUUCUUUUUCCAGUCCAUUCAGCACUCUUUGAUUUUUCUUUUUGCCAUGAAUGCAAACUGUUUACUAGGAGGGAUAUAUUCGUAUACAUACUACUGGAAUACUUGGCACGUAAUCUUCGAGGAUCGCAAACGAAGAAUCUUCUAUGCGGCAAAUGCAUCCAUAUAUGCCUGUAUUGCUAGUGAUUACAUCUGCCUAAUGGUGGUUCUGUUUAUGAUGGAGAAAGAGAGGAUGAACUUUAUUAAAUGUCUAGAUUUCUUUUUGACCAAGAGGAAUUCUCUAUCGAAGAGAAUGCGAUCCCUUGCCAAAGAUAUAAAGAAAGUUCUUAAAAUAAACUUCUUUACCAAAUUUCACUCGUUCAUUCGAUUCAAUAUUAGUCAUGUCAGUUUGAUGGUUUUCCUCCAAUUGCUUAUAAUUACGUUGAUUGUGAUGUUCCACUAUUUGAAUGACGAAAUUCUGUUGCUGAAAGAAGAGUUGAACAGCAAAGACGAUAAUUAA